AUGGCUGACACUUACAUGCAUUUGAUCCGUCCUACGGUGACUGCUCCUGCUGCACCUUCUGCUGCAAGCCCUGUCGGAGUUAAAAUCCAUAACUCUGCUCUUUUCCUGGUUUUGGAAAUUGUUUCCAAACAGGUUCUCGAAGAGAACAAAAGAAUCAUUGGAACUUUGCUUGGUGUUAGAUCAGACGACGGCUCAAGUGUGGAAAUCAAAGAUGCAUUCAUGGUUCCUUGUCAAGACACUGGCGACUCUAUUGUCAUCGAAGAGCACACACACAAAACUUUGUACCAGUUAUACAAGAAGGCCCACCCAAAGGAGUUUGUUUUGGGCUGGUUCGACUCUGCCAAGGAAAUCGACGGAUCCACAGGCUUGAUCCAUGAUUUCUACUCCAAAGGUGCUGACAGGGCAUACCCAUUUCCAGCUAUCUACUUGAACGUGAACUUUUUGAACGGAAACCAAGUUGGUUUGCCAAAGUUGACCACAUAUAUUGGAGCUGCUAUCGGUAAGGCUGCGUCCGUGCAAAAAAUGGGAUGGAAAACUGCAAACACAAACCUGUACAUUUUCUCUCCGGUUCCACAUAGUGUUGUUUCUAGCACUGUUUCCGAAAAAUUGGCGUUGAACAAAAUCAGUGAAACGCCUUCGACGAAAAACAACGUUGUGGAGUUUGAGCACGAACACUUGCAAACCUUGUCCAAGGAGAUCAGCAGCGUUACUCGCAACAUUGAUCUUAUGUUGGAGCACCUCAGCAAAACCAGCAACUCGGACCAAGAUUUGGACUUGUUGAGAACUUUGAGCAAUACCUUAUUGAAUAGACCUACAAUUUUGGCAGACUUGGAUGCAUUGAAGAACCACUUCCAGUCCCACAACCAGGAUGUGAUUAUGAUUGAAUUCUUGACCAGAGCAGUCAAGGAACAAAUUGAGUUGAGUGCUCGUUUGUCUGCGGAGGCAGAGAAGAAAAUCGCCUAG